AUGGUCAUGGCGACUUUAUUACACACAACUUCCGGCCACUCGGUGUUACGGAAAGAACAUGGCAUGAAUGAAGUGGAUACACGUCGACUAAGCGGAGGUGGCGGUGAUCCAAGCAAAACCGUACCAUUUAGUUCAUGGAGUAAUACUAUCAAAACACUUCAAUAUGUCUUGGCAUUUCUUGUCGUCCUCGUGGCUGCACACCCUCUUGGACUCUUUUUUCCGAGAUUCUUCAAGCUACCGCUCAUUACGGGCUAUCUCUUCAUUGGCAUUCUCGCCGGUCCAUUUGUCUCCAACUUGCUCUCAGCGGAACUUGUGGCAAUGCUAUCGAGCUACGUGAGUGCUUUGGCACUGUCAUUCAUCUCAUUCCAGGCAGGUCAAGAAAUCUACUUACCCGAGCUACGCCCGCAACUCAGGUCGAUCAUGCUUCUUCUCGGUGUGCUGUACGUGACGGCCAUGAUCAUUGUGACUUCCAUGAUGAUGCUCACUGAGAACGCCUUUUUCUAUAGCGAUAUGGGAUUGGUGUGUCAAUUGGGUAUUGCGCUCAUGUUUGGAUCGAUUUCCGUGUUGGGGUCGCCGGCUACGGUCAUGGCGAUUAAGAUUGAGCUAAACAGUGUUGGCCCAUUCACGAGUCUGAUGUUGGGUGCGACCAUGACUGCGGAGUUCAUCGUGCUCAUUUCGUUCUCUAUAGCACGUAUCGUAACUUCCAUCUACUGUGCAAAGCUGAAUGUAUCGAUGCUGAACCUGCUGUUUACAAUGAGUAUUGUGGGGUCCAAUGUAUUGGUAGGUCUUCUCAUUGGUGGCGUGAUUAUCUUAAUAUUCAAGAUUCCUGGAGGUGGGUUGCAUCACGAUGAGCAUGACGAUCAUCACGGAGCGGCAAGACAUAGUACGGAAUCAUACCAAGGUCAGAAAACUGAUGAAAAGGUUGCUCCUACGAAUCCUGACAUGGAUCCACAUCCACGGUUGGAUGAACACAUGCACGAACCUCCUGGGUUUCUGACUCCGGAGAGAUCACUGUCACUCAAGGGCUUUAUUUGGCUAUCAAUGGGCUACUUCUUCUACAUUUCAAGCUCCCUAUUUGCUGAAAUCACUGUCGCAGCAUUCGGACUGUCGUGGGAGAUCAAGUUUGAAGCGCUUCUUGUUCUUAUGAUUGCUUCAUGUCUUGCUGGACACCAAACGGCUAUUCGUCACGACAUGCACGUGAUUCUUGACACCACUGCACCUUACAUGUUCCUGCCAUUCUUUGUUAUGACGGGUGCAGGGUUGAAGCUAGACCAGGUCAUGGCAGCCGUUCCACUAAUGAGCAUGUAUGUGAUUUUGCGAUAUGUCGCAAUUUUUAUCGCGUGCUACUUUGGUGGUCGCUACAUCCUGAAACUCACACCAAGCCAAUACAACAAUCUGUGGCUAACAAUGACGCCACAGGCUGGUGUGGCACUUGGUCUGGCCAACGAGGUGAAGGCUAUGAGUGAUCAAUCCUGGGCCGCGGAAUUUUCGGCGACAAUUGUGGCAGCUGUGGUGGUAAACCAGAUCAUUGGCCCUGUGUUGUGUGCGAUGGGCCUAGGACGUGCCGGUGAGACAUUGAAGGAUCGCAUGGUGAAUCUAGAUACACCCAAGGAUGAGAAGGAUGAGUUUGAUAGCCCGGACAAGGACUUUCGAGGAAGCCGCUUAAGCGUAGCUCAAGGUGGUGGCUUUGGCAGCAGUAUGUACGGUGGUGGUGUUAGCAGAUUAAGUCACGUUGAUGGUAGCCGAAUGGGCGCAUCGGCUAUGACGAUGGGCAAUGGAGACCCCCAAACGUUUAUGCCGUUUUACAAGGUUCAAAAUGCAGUUGUCAUCGGAGACGACGAAGCGGCCUUCGAGAUUGCACUCCAACUGUCGCUCUAUGGUGCGCAUGUCAAUGUGCCUCUAUUGGAUGAAGAACGCACGAGUAAGUGGCGGAAGAUGAAUGAUACCAUUCUAAAGCGUGCCACCCAGGGUGACCUCAUUUCAUACAAGAACACACUUAAGGGCCGUGACACCGCGCAGGCCAUGUCAUCGGCCGAUGUGCUUAUUAUGACGGGUGAUGCGAACCGUACACGCGACAAUGUGCAAUUGUUAAAGUCUCUGUUGGGCGAAUCGCACCCACGCAUGAUUGCGUUUGUGCCGGAUUCAAAGUUCAGCAAGGAGAUGAAGGCACAAGGUGUUUUAGUUAUUCAGCCAUCGAUUGCUCUGGCCAAUAUUGCAACACGUAUGGCACUCCUGGAAUCAAAGAUGGCAGAGGCAUUAUCAAACGAGAUCAGUACGACAAGUGACUUCAGCAUAGCGUCAUACUUCUUACGUGACGGUCGCGAUUUGUCUGAAAUGCGUUUCGAUGGACGUCGUUUGGCGUUAGGCCGAAAUGUGGUGAACCACCAUUCGGUGGAUUACGAUCGUCUUGCAGAGGCACUUGUUACCGAAAAACUGCCAUUGCCUCCUCCACCAUCACGUGUUGCAAUGUUCGGUACAUCGUCGGCUUCUGGGUUUGAUCCAUUUGAACGUGAGAGGGGUGGAUCUGAGUUUUUCCUUCGCCAUGAUGAACGUGACCACACCGAGGAGAUUGUAGUGGACGCACACCACGGUCCAUACUCGUCGCGCGGCACUAGCUCACAAGUUAAUAUUCAACGAGCAUCGAGUCAAUUUGGAUCAAGUCGUGUGCAAGUGGGUGGUGGUGGUCGUGGAAAACGUCCUGCUGGACGUACCAAGCCUCGAUUGUAA